AUGAGGAAAGGCAGGAGUGCCAAGUCGGGAACAGAACUUGAAGCAAGCCCGUCCCUCUGUUCACUAACCGUGGGCAGCGGAUGCUGCGUCAUCCAGCCUGGACCCCUCUGGUGGAAGCCAGCAUUGGAGUCUAAGAGUGUCUCUCUUCCGGCGGUCGACUCAGUCAAAGAGAAAGCUCUGCUCUCAGCCACCUCCACGCACCUCAUGGAUUCAAGCCGCUGGUCCCGAGUGGGCCCCAGCACAGGCCUGCGAAGUGUUCCCGGCACCCCAGCCCUGCUAUUAGAAAACAGUGGAGAAAAAGCCCUCCACGGUGAUACGGUGACUGGGAUACGAUCUUUACUUUCUCUUUUUCUUUUAGAAACAGGGAAGAUUGACCAAGAGAUUCACAAGUACAACACCCCGGGAUUCACUGGGUGCCUCUCCAGAGUCCAGUUCAACCAGAUCGCCCCUCUCAAGGCAGCCUUGAGGCAAACAAACGCCUCAGCUCGCGUGCACACCCAGGGCGAGCUGGUGGAGUCCAACUGCGGGGCCUCCCCGCUCACCCUCGCACCCAUGUCGUCUGCCACCGACCCCUGGCACUUAGACCACCUGGAUUCAGCCAGUGCUGAUUUUCCGUAUAACCCAGGACAAGGCCAGGCUAUAAGAAAUGGAGUCAACAGAAACUCAGCCAUCAUCGGAGGGGUCAUUGCCGUGGUAAUCUUCACCAUCCUCUGCACCUUGGUCUUCCUUAUCCGGUACAUGUUCCGUCACAAGGGCACCUACCACACCAACGAGGCCAAGGGAGCAGAGUCAGCAGAGAGCGCGGAUGCCGCCAUCAUGAGCAACGACCCCAACUUCACAGAGACCAUUGACGAAAGCAAAAAGGAAUGGCUCAUCUGA